AUGCCGCCCAAAGGUUCAAAGGCGUCCAACGCCGGGAGCCGGUCUCGCAGCUCCACGCCAGCACCAGCAACAUCCGCAACAUCCUCCUCAUCGACAUCGUCACCGUUGUCGACACUAUACAACUCAUACGUCGAACACACGCCAAAACGACUCAAGGUCAUCGAUGCAUUUCUGGUCUUCCUGAUGCUGUCGGGCAUCAUUCAGUUCGUCUACUGCGCCCUGAUCACCAACUUCCCCUUUAACUCCUUCAUCGCUGGCUUUGCAUCAACCGUCGGCCAGUUUGUCCUCGCAGCAUCACUUCGUAUUCAGGCAAAUCCUGAGAACGGCAAGACCUUCCCCAAGGUCACACCAGAGAGAGCAUUUGGCGACUUCUUGUUCGGCUCAGUGAUACUUCACUUCUUCGUCUUCAACUUCCUGGGCUAG